GGCGUAUGAAAUGGGUAAAGUCCGAUCGACACGCACGCAGCACAGCCAACGUGUAGAUAAGACAGAUAUACAGACACACACAUGCAUUCGCAGACAUACACGUACACAGACGUCUAGCCAUCACCGGCUGCGCCACAUAUCUGACUGACUGACACCAUCAAUCGCCUGGCCCGCGAGGCCCUCCUCUGUCCACCCCCUUAGCUCUCUGUCCCUCCCUCAUCACGCCGUCACCGGCACCUCUGCACGCGCAUCCACGGACACGGGAGUCUCUUGCUCCCCUCCCGCAGUGCCAUACACAGCACGGACCCUCCGUGAGGCGUCCUCGACCAGCGCAUGAAUCGUCGACUCAGACACCUGGAAGGACAGCCGGCACACCAAAGCAGCGACACAUCGACCCUUGUGUGCAUUGGGGGGCGUGAGCGUACCCUCCGUCGCUGCAAGAGAGUCUCUCGGGUGGCAUUGGUGUAUCUCUCCGUGACAUCCUCCACCCCUCCUCGGCCAAAUGCGAACACAUACGUGGGACUCUUGCCCCUGCACACACACACAACACACAACAUACAGGCAUAUGCAGAGAGCAGGCAGCGCAGCCAUCAUGCGGGCUGGGCUCGCUGUCUUUAUUUCUUUCUCCUGUGUGCACUGAACUGACCAGCUCUCGUAGAGGAGAGGCGCGUCAAGCGCAGCCUCACACGGAUCAAUAUGCACCCUGCACACAUACAAACACAAACACACACAUACAAGGCGACAGGGGAAAGCGACGCCAUGAGGUCUGUGUGCCGGUGUUGCAGUGCCGUCGAUUCAUUCUCACCAUUUAUCGAGCAGCAGCAUCUCCACCCACACAUGGUCGUCCCAGUCGAUCACCCACCGACUCGCAAAACCAAGAGAUUCGAGCACGCGAUGAAACAACCGAGAGUACUCUCCGCACCUCCCCUGUUUCGACCGCAGAAUCUGAGCUGAUGCCCGAUAGCGCGGAAACCGAUACACCCGACGACACCCAUCUGAUGAUGAACCAAGUUCGUCAGCUUCCGACUCCUCUCCAGAUGUGUCAGUGUCCGUGUCUUUGCGCGCAUCGCACAGGUAGAUCUCCGUUAUCGAGGCAUUCCGCCGCCUCUCAGCUUCAUUAGCAAAGGUGGCCCCGAUGAAGCGCCCUCUCCUGGGCGAGCCGUCCUGGUUGGUGCACUCGGGGCAGAACCCGUGAUAGUAGGGGAAGGUCUCCCUGAACCACGCCAAGAGCCUUUUGAUCUCGUCCUCGAUCGCCUCGCUUGACGACCGGUGCUGAUGCUGAUGCUGCUGCAGCCGCUCGAUGGACUUCCUGUCAUAGUCGCGGGUCAGGUGCCGCACAAUGUCCUCAUUAGUGCACUCCCGCAGCUCGUUCUCAAAGCCACAGAACGUUGAAAGGAACGACUCGAACGACCUGUUGAAUGUCUGGCGAGAGAAGAGAAAGCUCAUCACCUCCGAGUCGCCGAUUAGCAUUCGGCCGGUCUUCCACCAGCCCCUCGCCUGGUCGACGAAACCCUCAUCGACCAAAUCAACCUCCCUCACAGCAGCAGCAGCAGCAGCAGAUGGCGGCAGCAGAUGGACCUCUUCACCUGCCCGGCCCAGAAAGUCGUCCACAAAAAUCUCGAACUUCUCUUGGUCGCUCCCCAAAGCGUAGAAGGUCUGGUUGCUCGGCUCAUGGUGCAUUGUGUGCAGCUGCGUCGGGAAAGACGCGGGAGGCUCGUUGGAAUAGGCUGCCUUGGCUGCGCGCAGAGAUGUCGAAAUCGCCGCCUCGGCUCUACCUGGCCGCCUCCGAGCAAUGCGCUCCCAUAGCCUUUUUGGCAAACUGCUGCCAAGCCUCCCAAACACAGGCCUCGAGAGAAGCCGAAAAACAGCGUCGGAGGCGAUGGGUAGUGAGGGCUUUAGGAGCAUUGCGGCGGCCGGUCUUCGAAUCUGCGGGCCUCUGCGAAGCGUUGAGGCAUGGGAUGGGGUGUAGAGGCCAUGAAAGCACCACACAGGGCGAAUGAAAAGGGGAAGAGCCACGAGGAGCAGGGACGCAUUCAUCAUUGCCAAAAGCAUAGUAGAAGCGUCCCUUUGAGCCCUUCAAAUGCGCUGGUUUCUUCUUCCUUU